CUGCAGGACCUAUCCGUUCCUACUUUACUCUGCUACAAGGCGCGCGCAGGUGACUCCUAUAGCUACCCCUAAACGUAUCUGCUCUACAGAAAAAAGGUGGUGCUGAGAAAAUGAGAAGAGGUUUGCUACUGGUGACUCUGUUCCUCAUCAUGAAACUUCGACACAGCCAGUCCAGGUGCGAGGAGCCCGGAUCGCGCAGAGUAACUUCAGAUAAGACCACAGGCUUGGACAGCCUCAAGAAGAACAAUCUGAAGAGGUUUAGCGAUUUGGAUUAUGAUAGCUUUGUGGGACUGAUGGGAAGGAGAGAUGCCGAUGCAAACGCUGUACAGUCACCACAAAAAAGGGAAAUGCAUGACAUUUUUGUUGGUCUUAUGGGAAGGAGAAACUCUGAGCCUGAUAAUGGUCCCUCGAGGAGAGAGUAUCCAGAGAGGAGAGGCAUUUUUCUCAACAAGUGCAAGCUGAGGUUUCUACAGGGGCUGUAG